AUGUAUACUUUUUUUAUACUUAUUUUCAUUGGCGUGAUUAACAUAUCCUUGUACGAGGCGCGCCCAAAGAUCAAUGCAAAUUUGAGAAAUGAACUGUACAAUUCAAAUUAUAGACCGAUCGACAGUCUCCAGACACUACGAGUACAUACAAAUCCAAAUCAGGGAUACGUUAUAGUAGAUGAAAAUCAAGAUGUGAAUAUUGGCAACGGCCAUAACAGACAUAACGCUGUUAUAGUGGAUGAAAGAUCAAGGCCAAGAUUUGAUGAAAAUACAAACAUGGAUGGCAUUUAUGGCAUUAAUUCAGGCAAACCUAACAUUCAAGGUUAUGGAAGCACUUUAGACAACAGGUACGGUACCGAUGAAACACCACAGUUUUACAACCCAAAACCAGGACAAUAUUCGCCAAACUACAGAAGAACAACUGAUAAAAAUACCAUAGGAAUUGGAAAUGAUAAUAUUGCAAAUUCAAAUCACGGAUAUACUAUAGCUGAUGGAAACCAGAUCUUGAAUUUUGGCAAUGGUCGAGACAAUAAUAACGUCCUUAUAGUGAAUAAAGGCUCGAGGCGUAAUUUUGUUGGAAGCAACGAUGACAUCAAUAAUCCUGCAACAUCUAAUAUUCAUAUUAACAAUCCUGAUUCAAAACAAAUAUAUACACCAAAUUUCAGGCAGACAUCUACUAUAAAUAGUAUAGGAAAUGGUAUUAAUAAUCGUAACAUAGUUAUGAUAAAUGACAAUGCAUAUGAAUUUAACCGAUCUCCCACUACAUUACACAAACAUAUUCAACAUAGUGCUGGAAAGCCAAAACUUGAUAGUUCAAUGUAUACUCAUUACAGCAAAAAUUUGCCGCUUUCUGAUACAGGGAUUACUUUAAAAAAUCAGGACGCAAAUGAAGGAAUGAAUGUUUUUGAUAAUAUUGGUCAUGGACCAGGAAAUAAUAAUAUAGUUAUUGUUAAUAGCAAACCUGUAUAUUCGAAUUCAAUGACUACUCCAACAAACUUAAUGAAUGUCCCACGACAAGGUGAACCGUUUGUCAAUAAUUUAAAUAACCAAAACAAAACUAUGUAUUAUAAUAAUAAUGAGAAACAUGAAGACUUUAAAGUAUUGCCACUUAAAAGAGUA